CAGUAGUUGUAUGUAUGUAAAUAUGAAAAUUAUUAGCCAACUUGGUCAUGGAAAAUCCAGAAAACUAUAAAAAUAAGACUUGAUACUCAAACAAUUUGCAGUUUUGGGACGCAUCUGACAAUUUUCAGAUGUCACCAAAUCUUUGGCUGUAAAUUAAAAUGUUUCAAAAAUUGCGAAACGUUCGGAACCAGCCGUGUUGCGGGUAUUUUCUCCAAGGAGGAGUGCGUGCCGUGGCGAUGGUGGAUAUCGGGAUUUCGCUCUUUGCCAUGAUUUUGAUCGCUUCCGAGCUAGUCAAGAAAUUCCAGGAUUGGGUUGACAUGCGGAAAGAUGAGAACUUGAGGUUCCUCUACUACGUCCGCGCCAUCCUCUGGGCGUCGUAUUUCGCCGAGAAAAUCGUCAUUGUCGGUUUGUCCGUGUUCCUCUUCAAGACGGCGAGACGGCGGAACAGUCGCCUCUGCAUGCUCUGGAUUUACUUGACGAUCGCGGCCAUGUUAAUGUUGACCUCUGCCACGCUCGCGACGCAGGUUCUCUUCCCCAUCAACGCCUUAAUCUUGACCUUCUUCCCAUUCUACUUGGCCUACAAGACGUACACGAUAUACGUCGUGGCGUCCUUCAUUAAAGAAAUCAGGUCAUACGGCGGCUUCAACGCUGCCCUUUCCGGCCUCACGGAUGCCGAAGUGGAAGAGUUUGAAAAAGGUCAAGGAGCCCAUUCGAAAGGUCAUGGGGACGAGUAUGACCUCGCUGCUAUCAAGGGACAAGCGUUUAAUAAACAAUUUGAGAUCAGUUUCGACCAGCUUGACAUGGACGAGACGAUUCCGUUAGGCAAGGGGGCGUUCGGUCUCGUGUAUCGAGCCAAGCUGAGAAAUAAUAUGGUGGCCGGAAGUGAUACUAGUGAUGAUGACGAUGGGGGGACAUGUGUCGCUGUAAAAACGGUCCACCAGUCGACAGACCCUGCUUACUUUAAAACGCUCCUGGCCGAGUUGAAAAUCAUGACGUUUCUUCCCAGGAAUGAAAACGUGGUGAAUCUCGUUGGGGCUUGUACCUCGGCAAUUAAACAGAAACGUUUAUACAUCGUCGUGGAAUUCUGUCCGUUUGGAAAUGUUCACGACUAUUUGAAAGCGAGGAGAGGUCUGUUUGUCAACUAUGUUGGGAAGGAUGGUAACUUUAUCUCUUUGGAGGCGCCAUCCGACAACAGUAAUGGCAGUUUGGCGACUCUACCUCAAUAUCAGAAUGUUAUCCAGAGUAAUGCCAACACGCUUACGACACGCCACCUUCUCCAGUGGUGUUACGAAACUGCAAAAGGGAUGCAGUUCCUAGAAGAGAGGAAGGUCAUUCACGGUGACCUCGCGGCACGAAAUUUACUUCUGGGGUAUGGACGAACAAUAAAAAUUACGGAUUUCGGCCUCUCCAAGAAGCUUUAUCAGUACACGGACUACGUCAAAAAGCAGGAUAAAUUGCUCCCGUGGCGUUGGAUGGCCCUGGAAUCGCUACAAGACAUGCGCUUCUCGUCGAAAUCGGACGUUUGGGGGUAUGGCGUGACCACUUGGGAAAUAUUUUCCUUGGGGGAAGUCCCUUUUCCCGGAUUUUCCUGGACCGUCGACUUCAUCGAGCAAGUGCGGGACGACGGGUUGCGGAUGAAGCGUCCCCACAAUGCUCCCAACGAUGUGUACGAAUUGAUGCUCGAAACGUGGGACAUAAAGGAAGAAGAACGUCCCAAUUUUGAUAGGAUUGUCUCAUUCUUUGAAAACAAGUACAACCUCCCUCAGGUGAAUGAUUCGCCAAGUGGGGACCCCGGUGACGAUGGGAAUAAUCGAAACGAUGAUGACGAGGUUGAAGUUUACAUUGGAAAUGUGCAAGAAAUUCUUGAAACGGGAGCAAAUAGUAAUUCUGGGGGAGGAUUAAGUAAUUAUAAUUAUAGUAGUAGCAAUGACAAGUUAAUUAAUGAUAGUUCGAAAUCGUGACUAAAUAUAGUCUAUGGACUUUUCUAUACAAGAAAUAUUUAGUUGAAGAUAUUAAAUGAACAAUUUGUACCAUA